AUGCAGCAACCUGGUGGAAGGUUUGGUUUCAUUAUCCCUCCCAGUACUGAACGUAGUCUUCAAGACACUAACAAUCCACAUGUCACUGUUGGAUUGAAGGCUGUCAAGAAGCAUGCUAUGGAAGUAGCCAGUGGUCAAACCCCGUGUAAUAUUGUACCGCCACACACUACCUUGAUGGAACAACACCUAGAUCCGGCCCUGUUUGAGGAGGGCAACAAUAUUAGGCAUCAAUCUGGGCUGCAAGAAUCCAAGCUGUUGGACAGCAGGGCUAAAAGCAGCAGCAUCGACAACAGCAAUGGUGAUGAGGAUGAUGAUGAGGAUGGGGACAAGGAUGAGGACAGGGAUAGGAAAGAGGAUGGGGAGAGGGAAGAGGACGAGUCGGAUGAGCACACCAAUGAGAACCAGUACCAAUGUCAUGAUGAUCAUCAAGAAUUGCUACCUUCACAACCUCAAGUCACUCGUUAUCUCACGCCUGAAUUCAAUUUUCAGUACUCUCAUGAUGAAGAUGACACAACUGCUCACACAAAUCUCAAUAAAAACUCUGCAGCAAACUCUCAAUCCUCAUUGUCCAUCCAGCAGAACAAUGACUCCCAGGGGCACAACAGCAACAAUAGGUACAAUGUUCUGAGUGACGUGUUGGCACACCACCACAAGAAAAAUGGCCAGCCAUGCCUUCCUGACCCUGAAACCCUCAAGCUUCUUCAUCAGUUAGCCGAGCAUGCUGAUAACCAGCAGGCUCUGUGGAGAAACAGGAAGACAAAACAGCUGCACUGGAAAAGCUUCCUUGAGCACACCAAAGGAGAAUGUUGCAUGGAACACAUGCUUAAGAACCUGUUUCCAACUUUUGAGGAUCUUCCAGGGUCUGUAACUGAAGUUCUCAUUGCAACUUUGGUUGCUUGGGACAAGGAAGGAAAAAAAUUUGAAGCUGCUAGCGAGAAGGUGUUUCAAGCUCCAAUGAGCUGGAAAGGGUUCAUGAGUUUAGGCAAGAGCCCAAAGGGCUUUUCCGGGCAGAAACAAGGAUCUGAGCCUGAGUAUUAA